AUGUCAGACUACCGGCUUUCUUUUUUCGUCGGAUGCUUGAAUUGUUUGAUUCUCUGCACCGUUUCGACGAUCAUCGAUGAGAACACAACAGAGAUCGAUAUCGUGCCCAGAAUCUUAUCGCGGCCUAAGAGGUACUUGAUUUUUCCGCAGGGUAGUAACUUUCAGUUAGUGUAUUGUCUGACUAUUGGAGCGUACGGCCGAGACGGUGAUUUGGUGAUGGGACUGACAGCUGCCUUAGCCUGGGAACUUCCGAAUAAGGUCGACUCAAAGAUAUCGAAUUUACUUCACCGUAGAAGCCGUAGCGUCGUAUAUCCGAAAAUGGAGGCUUUUCUACAAUCCACCGGCCUCGACGGCAGAUCCUGCGUGAUGAGAGCACUCUGCGAAGCGAGCCAACGAGAUCCCUCUCAAGUAGGUACAGGCUCCUUCAUUCAGGAACUUCUUCAUGCAAUUUUCACAUUACCUAUGGACGGAGGCAGAUUCGAACGAGCGGAAGAUCACGCUUACGAUCACGCGUACGAAACGAGUGGAAACUGCCAGAUGCUGUAUCCCACGUGUCCGUAUUCCAUUUAUGACAUAGACUUUUGA